UGAUUUUACUUCCGACUUACUAGAAAUACCUAGCAAUACUUCUGCGGCUUGGAUUCGAAAUCCGUUCCACCGGGUUUGGUACACGACAUGGAGAGCCGCUUUUAUGGACGUAUCAAGAUGUCAUUGUCAAGACUCUGAGCCGGGACAAAUGUUUGCUUAUCAUCUGAUCAUCCAUUCCAUUCACGUCCUCGAGGUUCAUAUACCUCGACCAACGAAACCGCUGCCCCCAGGCUCUAGACUUGUAAUCCUCGUUCGACUCCGGCUAGAUUGACUAUCGACAGUGACUGAAGACGUCGUUGCACAUGAAAUACACCUCCGAGUCAACCUGUAUCGACUUAGGUUUUCUUUGUGUAUCUUGCGAUCUCUCAGUCGAAGCCCGAUGCUAAACGGAAUGCUGAACGUCAGGAUAUCCGACGCCGCCGACAAGUAGUCUCAAAGGAUAAAGACUGCCUGUGCUCAGCAAUGUUGCUUGGAUACGGUGGAAACUAUAUAUCGUUGAGGAACCACUGGACAAGUCUCGGACCCGGACAUCUGUGGUCCGUCCCGGGUCUCCCUCGACCGCCUCUUUCAAUUUAUGUUUGCAAUAUUUUCUCGUCUCAUCGAGGACUUGUGGAGGAGACCCUUCCGGAUAUUUUUACUAGGCGGGUCAGGGCUGUUCCUCAAUGGGAUUGUGUCGGUUUUUCCUUU